GUGCUCCCGCCCCUCGCGCCGCUCGCUCGCUCGCCGGCCGGCGGCCUCGGCUGGGCCUCGCUGCGGAGCGCGGCGGCCGACUUCGCGCCUGGGCCUCGGCCCGCGCCACCCGCGCCCGCGCCCAGCGGCCGGCGGGCCCUCACGCAGGCCGAUGGCGGCGGCCGCGGCGGCGCUCUCGGGCGCGGGCCCCCCACCCACAGGCGGCGCGGCCGGGGGCGGCGGGGCCGGGGGCGGCGGGUCCCCGCCGGGUGGCUGGGCCGUGGCGCGGCUCGAGGGCCGCGAGUUCGAGUAUCUGAUGAAGAAGCGCUCGGUGACCAUCGGGCGCAACUCGUCGCAGGGCUCGGUGGACGUGAGCAUGGGCCACUCGAGCUUCAUCUCCCGGCGCCACCUCGAGAUCUUCACGCCCCCGGGCGGCGGCGGCGGCCAUGGCGGGGCGGCCCCCGAGCUGCCGGCCGCGCAGCCCCGGCCGGACUCGGGCGGCGACUUCUACCUGCGCUGCCUCGGCAAGAACGGCGUGUUCGUGGACGGCGUGUUCCAGAGGCGCGGGGCGCCGCCGCUGCAGCUGCCGCGCGUGUGCACGUUCAGGUUUCCGAGCACAAACAUCAAGAUAACGUUCACUGCCUUGUCCAGCGAGAAGAGGGAGAAGCAGGAGGCGCCCGAGUCCCCGGUGAAGGCCGUGCAGCCGCACAUCUCGCCCCUGACCAUCAACAUUCCAGACACCAUGGCCCACCUCAUCAGCCCCCUCCCCUCCCCCACGGGGACCAUCAGUGCUGCCAACUCCUGCCCAUCCAGCCCCCGGGGAGCGGGGUCUUCAGGGUACAAAAUGGGCCGAGUGAUACCGUCUGACCUCAAUUUAAUGGCUGAAAACUCACAGCCAGAAAAUGAAAAGGAAGCUUCCGGUGGAGACAGCCCAAAGGAUGAUUCAAAGCCCCCUUACUCCUACGCACAGUUAAUAGUACAAGCAAUCACGAUGGCUCCUGACAAGCAGCUCACCCUGAACGGGAUUUAUACACACAUCACUAAAAAUUACCCGUACUACAGGACUGCGGACAAGGGCUGGCAGAAUUCAAUUCGCCACAAUCUCUCUCUGAAUCGUUAUUUCAUCAAAGUACCACGUUCCCAGGAAGAACCAGGCAAAGGCUCAUUCUGGAGGAUAGAUCCUGCCUCUGAAAGCAAAUUAAUAGAGCAGGCUUUUAGGAAAAGACGGCCUAGGGGCGUGCCUUGCUUUAGAACCCCUCUGGGACCGCUCUCUUCUAGGAGCGCCCCAGCCUCUCCCAAUCACGCCGGAGUGCUGUCUGCUCACUCCAGCGGUGCCCAGACCCCCGAGAGCCUGUCGAGGGAGGGUUCGCCGGCAGCCCUGGAGCCCGAGCCUGGCGUCUCACAGCCCAAACUCGCCGUCACCCAGGAGGCCCGGUUUGCCCAGAGCGCACCAGGGUCCCCGCUGUCCAGCCAGCCAGUCUUGAUCGCUGUUCAGCGACAGCUGCCACAGGCGGUUAAGCCUGUCACCUACACCGUUGCAGCCCCGGUGACCACCGCCACCUCCCAGCCGCCCGUCGUGCAGACAGUUCACGUCGUCCACCAGAUACCAGCGGUGUCGGUCACCAGCGUGGCUGGACUGGCCCCAGCAAACACGUACACUGUCGCGGGACAGGCCGUGGUCACUCAGGCGGCUGUGCUGGCCCCUCCUAAGGCCGAGCCGCAAGAGAACGGAGAUCACAGGGAAGCAAAAGUGAAGGUAGAACCUAUUCCCGCAAUUAGCCAUGCCACGUUAGGCGCUGCUAGCCGGAUCAUUCAGCCAUCACAGACCACCCCUGUCCAGACGGUCACCAUAGUACAACAGGCACCUCUAGGUCAACACCAGCUACCAAUAAAAACUGUAACACAAAACGGGACUCACGUGGUUCCAAUCCCUGCCGCGGUCCACGUCCCGGUGAACAACGCAGCGGCAAGCCCUUUGCACAUGCUGGCGACCCACGCGUCAGCCUCGGCCUCCCUGCCCACCAAGCGCCAGAGCGGCGACCAGCCGGAGCAGCCGGAGCUGAAGCGGAUCAAGACGGAGGACGGCGAGAGCAUCGUCAUCGCCCUGAGUGUGGACGCGCCGCCGGCAGCUGUGAGGGAAAAGGGCGUCCAAAACUAGCGACAGGGAGAGCUUUUCUUUAAGAAUAUCAACUUUGUGGUGCCAAAAGGAGACAUUGCCUCUCGCCUGUGCUCAGAGCGCAUCUCCCGGUGGUAAAGGGCCCUGCGGUUGGACUUCACCUCUCAGCACUGAAAAUAAAACCCAGGCGGCCUUAAAACUCCUUAAUUUAAAGACAGAAGUCACACUUGAACAAAAACCACACACAACAAAAAGUGGUUCUGGAGACGGCAUCUCCGCGCCAGCGCUCGCUGUGCUGCUGCUUCCGGGCGCAGCUUUUAACUACGUGAAAAAGCUCACGGUCCUUCCGGACGACCAGCUCCUCCGUGCGAGGACGGCGCCGCACGUCAGCCUGGUGCGACGGACCCCCGGCACCGGGCCCCCGCGGGACCCACCGGCUGGCACUGGGAGGCCAGACAGUAUUUUGUUCUCAUGUGGAAUUAGAAUAUUUUGAGGUGUACUUUCUUUACAAAAUAAUGGGGUCUUUGACAUUUCACACCACUCCAUUUCUGCUCUGGAAAUUUUGGAAUCACACAGAACCUUUCACGUGGAUUUCAUUUGGGGAGAAGAAACAGCGUAGUUUUGUGUUCUGUUUGUUUUCAGCCUAUGGAAUGAUUCACUGUGUCUUGUUGGAGCUCAGGCGGAGCGACAGGGCAGCUGCAGGUGUCGGUGCUGGAGCAGCUGCCUGAUGAAUUCACCCACUUCCAGCGCAGGACGGCGCGGUGCUGCGGCUGCAUGCGACUGCGGCCCGGGACAGCCUGUGAUGGGCAAGCUGCCGGGACGCGCCCCAGCUGCACUUACUGUUACCUUUCUUGCUAUUUUGUUGUUUGUUUCUUUGUGUUGACUUUGUCCCUGGCAAAAUAUUUUCACUCUAAGUAAAACCAGUCUCCUAAGUAUUG